UAUAUAUAAAUAUAUAUAAUAAUAUUUAUGUAUUUUAUUGUUUGUAAAUAGCAAAACAGAUUAUUACAUGUCGAACUCUAAAUCUGUAUUCAAUUUCUGCCAUGUUAAUUACAAGACUCCUGACAAGAUGAUGUCUUCAAAAAGUGAGUUGAAAAAAUUGUCUGAAGAAAGCUUAACUAGACAACCAGAAGAAGUUUUUGACAUAAUUUGUAAACUCGGAGAAGGGUCCUAUGGAAGUGUAUUUAAAGCACUGCACAAAGAGUCUGGUCAAGUACUUGCUAUUAAGCAAGUGCCAGUGGACACCGAUCUUCAGGAAAUUAUAAAAGAAAUAUCCAUUAUGCAACAAUGCGAUAGUCCUUAUGUAGUUAAAUACUAUGGUUCAUAUUUUAAGAAUACUGAUUUAUGGAUUGUUAUGGAAUAUUGUGGUGCUGGUUCAGUAUCUGACAUAAUGCGAUUAAGGAAAAAGACACUGUCAGAAGACGAAAUAGCAACUAUAUUGUCAGACACACUUAAAGGAUUAGAGUAUUUACAUUUAAGAAGAAAAAUACACAGGGAUAUUAAAGCUGGAAAUAUAUUGUUAAACUCUGAAGGACAUGCUAAGCUAGCUGAUUUUGGGGUUGCAGGACAACUGACUGAUACAAUGGCCAAAAGAAAUACUGUAAUAGGUACUCCAUUUUGGAUGGCACCUGAAGUAAUACAAGAAAUAGGGUACGAUUGUGUUGCUGAUAUGUGGAGCUUAGGAAUAACUGCAUUGGAAAUGGCUGAAGGCAAACCUCCAUACGGUGAUAUACAUCCAAUGCGCGCCAUAUUUAUGAUACCGACUAAGCCACCCCCUUCGUUUCGAGAACCAGAUAAGUGGUCACCAGAAUUUAUUGAUUUUGUUAGUCAAUGUUUAAUUAAAAACCCGGAAGAACGAGCAACAGCCACAAAAAUGUUAGAUCAUGAAUUUAUUGGUAACCCAAAGCCACCAGAAAUUUUAAGUCAGAUGAUUGCUGAAGCAAGAGAAAUUCGAGAAAAUCAAACUCUUCGUUCUAAUACAUCAUGUUUAAUAAAAUCAGCUGAAUCCAAAGAUCAAAACUCUAAAGAAGAUGAUAUUGAUAGUCGUACAAUGAUAGUAGAUGACAGUACCCUUGUGCCAGAUAAAACAAAAGGGACAAGUUUAAAAAGUAAUUCUUUAGUUGAAGAAUUGAGAACUAUGGUAAUUAAUAGUGAUGGAGAAGAUGAUUCCACAAUGAAAAGGCAUGAUACAGGACCUGAAGAAUCGGGUAAAAAGUAUAGACCCUUAUUCUUAGAUCAUUUUGAUAAAAAAAUUGCAGAAAAAUCAAAAAAUGAUAAUUUUGAUGUGGGAAACAAAUUGUUUGGUGAGAGAUCAGGCUCUGCUCAAGAUGUUUCUCAAAUUGAUGAAUCUGAAAAAACUAUAACUCAACAUCAAUUUCCUAUGCCUCAAAUAAAUUGUAAACCUGAUGGUAAUCAACCAACAGCUCUUCAUCAAAAUCGAUACUACACACCAAUUGUUGAUGGAGACUUUGAUUUUUUGAAGUUUUUAAGCUUUGAUGACUUGCAACAACGGAUGUCCAAUUUGGAUUCUGAAAUGGAACAUGAAAUUGAUGAGCUACGACGCCGCUAUCAGACAAAACGCCAACCAAUACUAGAUGCUAUGGAUCAGAAGCGUAAACGACAACAAAACUUUUGAAAAAUUCAACAUAAUGUGUACAAUUAUUUCAGUUUUAACAUUAUGUAUAGUUACAAACAAAUUGAUGGCUAAUUCAAGAUUUUCCCCAAUUAAGGUGCUAUAUAUAUAUGAUAUAUAUUUCUGUCAGUAACAGGCAGGUAAUAUUUAUGAGCCUAACUUCCCAAACAUUUUUCAAACAUGAUAUAACUGAUAAAUUAUUGUUAUUAUAGCCUUAACAAAUAUCUAAGUCAUUUAUUCUGUUUUAAGUAUUAUUAUAGGAAAAUUUUUUUAAUCACCUAAUAAUCAAAAACUUAUAACAAGCAUAGAAAUCAAUAAUUUCUAAACAACUAUCCCAUGUUUAUAUUAAAUAUUUUAGAAUAUUUUCACACAAUCA